AUGGCUAAGAGCUCUAUGUCACUGCUGCUAACAUUACUGGUGGUGUAUGUCAUCUGUCUACCAGCAUCGGCACAAGUCUGCAGUCUGCUUGGUCAGUCCCCCCUUCCUCUACUUUCUGCAGAUAGAGACAUCAACAUCGGGGCAAUUUUCUCACUCCACAAAAGUGCUCUGUUGAAGAUACAUAAUUUCACUUCCAAACCAGGGCAAACAACAUGUGGAAGCUUGAACUUGCGUGAAUUUAAAUUUGUUCAGACUCUGAUUUUUGCAAUUGAGGAGAUCAAUAACAGCACACUGUUGCCUGGUGUUUCUUUGGGCUAUAAGAUAUAUGAUUCCUGUGGCUCAAUAGCUCAGGCUAUCUUCUCAGGCAUGGCUUUGAUGAAUGGCUAUGAAGAGACUUUAAGCGAUACAUCCUGCUCUAGACCAUCAGCUGUUCAUGCCAUUGUUGGAGAAUCAAACUCUUCUCCCACCAUUGGCUUGGCUUCUUUAGUUGGUCCAUUCAGCAUACCUGUUAUCAGUCAUUUUGCCACAUGUGCUUGCCUAAGUAACAAAAAAAGAUAUCCAUCCUUCUUCAGAACAAUACCUAGUGAUUAUUACCAAAGUAGAGCUCUGGCUCAGCUUGUCAAACGCUUUGGCUGGACCUGGGUUGGGACGGUCAGGAGUCGCAGUGACUAUGGCAAUAAUGGAAUUGCAGCAUUUGAGGAGGCUGCGAAACAAGAAGGGAUUUGUAUUGAGUAUUCAGAAGCUGUAUUUAAAACUGAUCCAGAAGAGCAAUUUAUGAAGACAAUAGAAGUUAUAAAGAAGGGCACAGCCAGGGUGGUGCUGGCUUUUAUGGCAUUUGGAGAUUUUGUAAUCCUCCUGAAAGUAAUUGCUCAACACAACAUCACAGGGAUACAGUGGGUUGGCAGUGAAUCCUGGAUUACCUCUCGAAAUCUGGCAGAAACUAAGGAAUAUAGUUUCCUUUCUGGAGCUGUAGGUUUUGCUAUAGCAAAUGCUAAACUUAUUGGCCUACAAGAGUUCCUAGUGAAUGUUCACCCUGAUCAAGAACCAAACAAUGAACUUUUAAAAGAAUUUUGGGAAACAGUUUUUCAGUGCUCUUUCAGGAACACUGGCAGUGAUGGCUGUACUGGUUCAGAGAAACUGGAAGAUCUGCAAAAUGAAUACACUGAUGUAUCAGAGCUACGGAUAGUAAAUAAGGUAUAUACUGCAGUGUAUGCUGUUGCAUAUACAUUACAUAAUGUCUUCAGAUCCUCUACCAACAGCAGCAAAGGGCAAUGGCCCACACCACAAAAGAUGUUGGAAUAUAUGAAAGAUGUGAGCUUCACUGUUAAAACAGGUGAGAAAAUCUUCUUUGAUGUAAGUGGUGAUCCAGUAGCGAGAUAUGAUCUGGUGAACUGGCAGCCGGCUGAGGAUGGAAGUAUUCAAUUUAAGCAUGUGGGUGUCUAUGACAGCUCACUUUCUUCAGAACAAUGUCUUCUAGUCAAUCAAGAACACAUGCUAUGGACAGGAAACAGCGGACAGUUGCCUGUGUCCAUGUGCAGUGAGAGCUGCCCCCCCGGCACUAGGAAGGCUGUUCAAAAAGGUCGACCUGUCUGCUGUUAUGACUGUAUUCCAUGUGCAGAAGGAGAAAUCAGUAAUGAGACAGAUUCUAGUGCAUGCUUUCCUUGUGAUUCGGAGUACUGGUCGAAUGAAAGCAAAGACAGAUGUGUAUUAAAAGUGGUUGAAUUCCUUUCAUAUACAGAAAUCAUGGGGAUGGUGCUUUGUAUUUUCUCUUUCAUUGGGGUGUUGUUAACAGCAAUGGUAUCUUUUCUGUUUUAUCUUCAUAAAGAAACACCUAUAGUUAGAGCCAACAACUCAGAGCUGAGCUUCCUGCUGCUCUUCUCACUCUCUCUGUGUUUUCUCUGUUCUCUUACUUUCAUUGGUCGGCCCACUGAGUGGUCCUGUAUGUUGCGUCACACAGCAUUUGGGAUCACUUUUGUUCUCUGUAUCUCCUGUGUUUUGGGGAAAACUAUUGUGGUCUUAAUGGCUUUCAGAGCUACACUUCCAGGAAGUAAUAUUAUGAAAUGGUUUGGCCCUGUACAGCAACGACUCAGUGUUGUUUCCUUAACGUUAAUACAGGUGAUUAUCUGUGUGCUUUGGUUAACAAUAUCCCCUCCUUUCCCGUAUAUGAAUUUAAGCUAUUACAGAGAAAAAAUUAUUUUAGAAUGUAACUUAGGUUCGGCUCUUGGAUUCUGGAUUGUUCUAGGUUAUACUGGCCUGCUGUCAAUCUUGUGUUUUGUUUUGGCUUUCUUUGCUCGUAAGCUCCCUGAUAACUUCAAUGAAGCCAAGUUCAUCACAUUCAGUAUGCUCAUAUUCUGUGCUGUCUGGCUUACAUUUAUUCCAGCUUAUGUCAGUUCUCCUGGAAAAUUUACUGUAGCUGUGCAGAUAUUUGCAAUUUUAGCUUCAAGCUUUGGUUUACUAUUUUGCAUAUUUGCCCCAAAAUGUUACAUAAUUUUGGUAAAACCAGAGAAAAACACAAAGAAACAAAUGAUGGGGAAAUCAUAG